AUGGCAACUGACACUAAAUCGACGAUCUACAGAACCGUCACGAGGCCGGCGAUGACAUAUACCGCAGAAACCAGGCCAGAAACAGCGAAAUCCAAAAGACUCGUAGAGACAGCUGAGAUGAAAAUAAUCUGUAGAAUCACCGGAGAGACACUGCUGGAUAGAGAGAGAAGCGAGGAUGUUAGAACAGCCUGUAAUGUCAAUAACAUUAAUGAAUGGGUAGCAAACAGGAAAAAGGAAUGGAAUGAGCACAUAAGUAGGAUGAACCACCACAGAUUUGUGAGAAUCGCUCGCGACAAGUCCCCAUUGGACGAAGAGACGUUGGGCGCCCCAGGAAACGAUGGCGCGACAGCCUCAAGCAAGUUAACGAUAAUUGAACAGGCCAUUUUGACGAAUAAUGAACAGGCAAAAAUCAAGAAUGAAUAA